GGGGGUGGGGGGGGGGAUAGGUGUUAUGAUAUGGAAGCAUACAUCAUGUCUAAAGUAAUGGGGUACAAGACUGAAUGGCUGAGUAGGGAGAGCUUGAUUCACAUAGUUGAAAUGUAUGACCUCCCAUCUCAAGUGUUGAUUAGGCCGGCCGGAGUGGAGGAGAGGGCAUGCUCGGCACCCCGGGAUCAUUGGAUGCUCAUGUUUUACACAACUAGCCACAAAUGCAAUAAGGGCAGUGAUAGGGAUGAGGAGGAGGAGAUAGAGAAGUUGAUGAAAGAGGGAGAUGAUGUUGUAGACAUCAUGUAUCUCACUAGCUUAGAUGUUGUGGAGGUGGCUGAGCUCUAUGAAGAAAGCUCUUUGAGUGAAGUCGAGAUAGACAAGUUCCUUUCUACAGUUGGGGGGUUGGCUAUCCCUAAAAAGCCACAGAAGAAGUCAAAGAUUUAUGCAGCUACUGCUACUAGGCUUGUUCAAAAGAGGAUGAGGUUGAAAGAACAUAAGGGUAGAGGGGACGAGAUGGUGGAGUUCGUACCUCAUCCUUCCCCAAUUGAGCUCGACCUAGAGCUCAGGGAGGAAUUUUUUGAAACCCUCAAGGAACGUGGUACCUUGGCAAAGGAAAAUGAGGAUUUGGGGAAGAAGAAGGAAGAGGUAGAAAAGGAUUUAGCAGAGGCUAUGCUAGAGCUCAUGCAGCUUCAGGAGGAAAAUGAUUCAUUGAAGAUGAAGCUCGCGAUUGAGGAGAAGAGGAAAAUAUGUGAGGAGAAGAUAGAAGCUCAAGAGAAGGAGAUCAAGAAAAUGAAGGAGGUAGGUGCUGAGUUAAAGAAAAAUGUGGAUCUGCUAGUGCACAGUUCAAUGAAGGAUCACAUUGUUGAGUUUCUGAAGUCUAACACAUUCAAUAACAUUGUGAAUCUCUACCACCUUCCUAUGGCAAUUUUGGCCUUCAUAGACUGUAGGAAGAAAGUGAAAGCUCAGAUGGCUGACUUCUGUCCCAAGGUCAAGUUGAAAUGGGAUCACGAUAAUGAAGGUCGUAUCAUCUUUCCUUCGAACUUCGAUUUUGAGUUCGUUGCCAUUGAGGAAGGGGCAGAGGUUGGAGUUGCGGAGGUUGGAGAGAAUGUGUCGGAGGAAGAAGGGAACCAAGAAGAAGUGAACCAACCAACUCCACCAAUAGAGUAGCUAUCCUUUGUCUUAUUAAUCUCUUUCUUUAGCUUUGACCUUUGAACAAUGUAUUUGUUUUGUUUUGACUAUUCUUGUAAUUUUCACACAUUAAUUCAUUGAUAUAUUUGUGCACUUGGUUUAUGUGAAAAAAGGGCUGAAGUGAAGAAAUUAAAUCACCUCGA